AUGGUUUCCUCCUCCAAGGAAAAGAGACUCGCCAAGAAGGCCGAGGCCGGUGGCGAGAAGAAGACUCUCGUUUCGCGAUCCAAGGCCGGCUCCAAGGCCGCAUCCAAGGCUAACUCAUCUGCCGGCGACGAGACCCCCCCCGAUCCCAACGAUGUGCCCGCAACUGGUGACAUGGACAAGGCCAAGAAGCUGGCCGACCAAAAGGACAAGCACGGUCUUUCCGACCGAAUCACAACCGGUGUCCUCGCAUCCAUUCCCAGCAGCAGAGACGUCAAGAUCACCAGCACCACCUUAACAUUCCACGGCCGAGUACUCCUAAACGAGACCGACCUUGAGCUAACUUUCGGUCGUCGCUACGGAUUGUUGGGCGAGAACGGUUGCGGAAAGAGUACACUGCUGAAGGCUAUUGCGGAGCGAGAAUACCCCAUCCCCGAGCAUGUCGACAUCUACCUAUUGAACGAAGGCGCCGAGCCGUCUGACUAUGGUGCUCUCGAUUGGGUCGUCAACGAAGCCAACAAGGAGAUGGAACGCCUCGACAAAUUGGCCGAGACCAUCCUCGAGGAACAGGGUCCCGAUGACCCUAUCCUGAUGGACAUCUACGAGCACAUGGACAAGAUGGACCCCUCGACCUUUUCCACGCGCGCAUCGCUGAUCCUGACUGGUCUUGGCUUCAACAAGACGACCAUCCAGAAAAAGACCAAGGACAUGUCCGGAGGUUGGCGUAUGCGUGUCGCUCUUGCGAAGGCCCUGUUCGUCAAACCCACCUUGCUGCUCUUGGACGACCCUACUGCCCAUUUGGAUCUCGAAGCUUGUGUGUGGUUGGAAGAAUACAUGAAGAAAUGGGAGCGGACUCUGGUGCUCGUCUCUCAUUCGCAAGAUUUCUUGAACGGUGUCUGCACCAACAUGGUCGAUAUGCGCAAGCAGCAGCUCAUUUACUACGGUGGUAACUUUGACUCCUACAACAAGACCCGCAAGGAGCAGGAGAUCAACCAGAUGACCGCCUACAAGAAGCAACAGGACGAGAUCAAGCACAUCAAGGAGUUCAUUGCCAGUGCGGGUACCUACGCCAACUUGGUGCGCCAGGCCAAGUCCCGACAGAAGAUUCUCGACAAGAUGGUUGCCGAUGGCUUAAUCGAGGAAGUCAAGGAUGAGAAAGCCUUCACGUUCAGAUUCACCGAUGCUGACAAGCUGCCUCCGCCUGUCCUGUCCUUCGACGACGUCACGUUCUCAUACUCUGGAGAGACCAAGGACGACCUGUACCGCAACAUGGAUCUCGGUUUCGACAUGGACUCUCGAACAGCCCUGGUCGGCCCCAACGGUGUUGGCAAGAGUACUCUUCUGCGCCUCAUGACAGGCAAGCUCUCACCUACUUCGGGCUCUGUCCGUCGCCACACCCAUCUCAAGCUCGGCAUGUACUCGCAGCACAGCGCCGAACAACUCGACCUGACCAAGAGUGCUCUGGACUUUGUCCGCGACAAGUAUAGGGAGAAGUCGCAGGAUUACCAGUACUGGAGACAGGCACUUGGCCGAUACGGAGUUUCUGGCAGCUCGCAGACUGCCCUGAUGGGUACCCUAUCUGAGGGCCAAAAGAGUCGUAUUGUCUUCGCACUGUUGGCCCUCGACUCGCCCAAUAUGCUUCUGCUCGACGAGCCUACCAACGGUCUUGACAUUACGACCAUUGACGCCUUGGCCGAUGCCAUCGAUCACUACACUGGUGGUGUCAUCGUCGUCUCCCACGACUUCAGACUGCUGGACAAGAUUGCGAAGCAGAUCUUGGUGUGUGAGAACCGAUCUAUUAAGCCAUGGAGUGGUUCGAUAGGAGACUACAAGGACUACCUGCGAAAGAAGAUGUUGGCUGCUGGUGCAGUGUAA